AAGCCUAGCGCGCGACCCUCUGGUUUCCCGCGCUGCGCCCCUGAGUGGAAACUCCUCUUCAGCGCGCUUUAAACCCCGUGUAUAAUAAUAUAAUCGCUCCCCGACUAGAUAAACAUUCAUUUGAAAAAGUCCUUACAACCAGCAAAGAGCGUUAGAGUCAUGGCACCUGAUCCAGAUGAAGAGGUGGAGAGACUAGUUGACGAGGCAUUGAAGCAUUGUAACGUCCAGGCACUGGAUGAGAUUAUUCUAGAUGAAAGUAGAGAAGGAAGAGCUUCAAAAUGCUCCAAACAGUUUCUUUCCAAACUGGACAAACUUAUCAACCGGGAACUCAACAAUGGGAAUGUGAAGAAUGCUUCUGUGGUAUUUACCAUCAUUCACAAGUUGGGAGAUAUGCUGGUCUUUCCAGGGGGUAAAGGUUUGUCUGAGAUGGUGUCACAGGGACUUACCAGAAAGAUGGUAGCGUGGUUUGGGAAGGUCAAAAAGCUCUGGAUUGAAGCAGGCCCAGUAAGGAAUGAGGUGAUGAUAAACCUAGCAGAAGAUUUCUUCGAUGCACUGAUGGUUGUUCAUGAAAGCUGCACACAGGGUACAUACCAGGUAACAGAAUCCCUUCUCCAUAACAUUGGCAAGCUGGCCUCUGAUUCUCAAGUUAACAUUCUAAUCCAAAAAGAGGCGGCAAGAAAACUAAAUGUAAUACUGGGAAAGAUCCCAGUAGAACUGAAAAAAGAGAAGAAGAUCUUGUCAUCUCAGGAGGCCGUAACUGUGAUGGACGAUUUGGCAAGUCGAAUCUUGAAAGGAGGCGACUAUGAUCUCCAAGUGGCUUUAAUGGAAGCUCUCUGUAGAAUGACUUCACAUUCCCAGAGGAGGGAGCUGGCUGACCGCUGGUUUAGCAUGGAGUUUAUUGCUUCUGCAUUCAGCAGUAUUCAGGAUUCAGAGUUUGAGACUGAUUGUCGGAAAUUUUUAAACCUAGUAAACGGAAUGCAAGGCGAAGAACGAAGAGUGUACUCUUACCCUUGUCUGGAGGUGUUUUUGGACAAACAUGAGCUGCUGAUGCCAGUGGAUGAAAACUUAAAGGAAUUCUGGAUUGACUUCAACCUUGGGAGCCAAAGCAUUUCCUUCUACUUCUGUCUCGGUGAUGACCAGGCCCAGGAAGGUCAGUGGGACACUCUGUGCAUAGGAGAAAACGAGAUCCUCAGUUACACAGUAGAAGAUGAGAAAGAUGUGAAGGUGCUGCAGCUGGUUCUGACUGAGCCAGUGUUUGUAAGCAAUAUUGAGGGCUCUAGACUCACCAUCCACUUCAGCUCUUCCUUAGAUAUCCUCCAAGCCACCAAGAAAGUCUAUGGCGAGGCCAAGAACAAAAAAUUCAUUGGGAAGACUACAACAUCAGUGGUAAAAACCACUGUUCAAAUCAUUCUUGAUGAAGGAGGUUCACAGGUUCUUUUUCCAGAGAGCCAGUUGUCCUCUGAGCCUACAGAGAAAACUGUGCCUAGAACACUAAAGAACGGAACACCCUUUCAGUCUUGUCCACAUCUUGAGAAAGAUGCCCAAAGUCACAACCAGCAAACAGUAACCCCACAGAGGAGCAAGACUUCUGAGACAUGCAUGUUUGUCUUUGGCAGUGCAGGACGGAAGCUGGGUAAAAGCCCUUUCAGCUGUGUGAUUCCUGCCACUCCACAUGGGAAGGCUAAGGCAAAACCAGCUCUACAGAUGGUGACUUCAUCUUCUGUGCAGAAAAACAGGAAUGUACUGAAAGAAUUAAUGUUGGCUAAAUUGUCCCACAGCGUGCCUUUAAUUAGUGAGCAUGUUGAAAAUCUUAAAAAACAGGUAUUUCCACCUUUACAGACUGAAAAUGUACCACAGGACAGGAAAAGUCGUCAAGAAGCAGAGAAAUAUCGCAGACACAUUUCUGUAGAUAAAGCAGUAGAGAUGGUGCAGGCUGAUCAAGAGCUUGAUGACCAGCCUUUAGACAGCAGCAUGGUUCCAGACUCCCAGCCUUCUACAAGAAAAGAAACAUCAAUAUUACCAGGCCUCUGCCAUUUUACAAAAAACAAGAGAAGUUCUGUGUCUGAAUCAAUGUUGCCCUGGCAAAAGGAACUAUUGCAAUCAGAGAUUAUCGCUUCAACGCCUGUCUGCCCAGAGCUCCCACAGCGACCAUCCUCAGCCCAGUGCAACUCUGGGGUUCUCACACACAAGCAGCUCCAUGCUCAACUGACCAAAAGACUGCAGCAGGUGUUGAGGGAGCGGGAGCAGCAGGGGGAGCCCUGCACUGUGGUUCAGAAGGGAAGCUCCUCAGUGGGACAGCACAUGACAAAGCCUAGAAGUGCAGAGAAAGGGCCUGCAUCUGUAAAGAAGUCAAUGCCAGCUAAACCAGCUCAGUCUGCACAAGCUAAGGGCAACAUGGGAAAAAAUAAGUCAGAAAAAGCUGCAGGCACUGUGGUGAAGCAAAUAUCCAGCCAUUAUAAGAGCACUACCUCUAUUAGAGCAACACCAGAGAAGGCCUCUCAGUUUAACACUUCGUCAGCUAACAGGGAUAUAUUCAACAAGAGCUGGUAUCCAGGUUUAACUGCAAAGAUAUCAUCUGCUGGCUCCUGUGAAUUUCUAAAUUCACGAAAUCAAUCCAAGAAGCUUUUGAAUCAGCCUGAGGAUGUUUUUAAAUUUCAAUUGGAUGCACCAAAAUGUGGUGGGAAGAAAAUGAGGAACUCUUCUGAGACGUCUGGAAUAGAAACCAGCAAUUCCCUGGAUCUGUCCAGCUCUGCUAAGAAGUGCCCUCCUGCGAAGCCUGUUGUUCGUAAUGUGAAGAAGCAUUUGUUCAGCGACACUGAUGCAGACAAUAUGACAGAGGUUAGCUGGAUAAAAUCAGAAAACAGGAGGCCUAAGCCGAAAGUGGCAGACUAUACGAGGCAGCCAGCUAAGCCAAGACUUCCUCCUGCUGACACCACAUUUGAGACUCCAAACAUGCCCCUUUCUUCAGCAAAUGUUGAAAAAAAGCUGCCAAAACCAAGGAUGAAGAGACAGAAGAAGGUGGUGGAGCAGAAAGAGAAAAGACAGAAUGCUGCCAGAGGCAGACCCGCAGGUAGACCUCAAAGAAAUGCAGCUCAGACCAAAUCCUACAAAGAGCCAUCAGACUCUGAGAAUGAGUCAGAGACCGUUGAACCACCUCCGGCCAAGAAGCAGAUCAUCAAACAGACAGAGAAGCCUCAGAAUAGAGAUGCAUUUCAGACAAGACGACCUGCAGCAAAAAAAGAAAACACUGAAGCAAAGUCAAAGACUAGUCAUGCAGUUGUGAAAGAAAAAACUGAAAGACAGCACAGUCCUGAACAGUUAAAGAGAAAGAAGAAGAUGCUGAUCGAUGCCAUGGAAUCCACCAAGGGACAAAAAGAAUCUGGAUCCUCUAAUGUCACUUCUUUCAGCUCUAUAAAUCUGUCCACUAACAAAAUGAGAUCUAAAGAAAAGGGUGUAGCCUUGCCUGGAUCUUCCCUUAGACCCUUGGGUCCUCUUUUUGAGAAGAAUCACCCUCAAAAGGCACCAGCUGAAGUCACAGGGGAAGAAGAAAAGAAGGAUCUGACGCUUUAUGUUGGUGUGAUGGAAGGACGUGGGAAAGAGAAUAUAAAACCAGGAGAAACACCAACCAAGAUGAGCAUAGAUAAAAAUUUGAUAGACAAGGAAGAUGUAGCAACAUUACGGGAUCCUAAACAGUCGAAGAGCAAGAAGACUCUUCAGGAAUUAACAAAGGACCUGAGGGAAUCCUGGACUACCAAACUUGCUUCUUUUAGUCCUUCUCCUGUUUCCAUUGAGAAUAUGAGAUCUGCAGAGAAGAGUGCAACAUUAAGCAGAUCUCCUAUUACACCCCUCCGGCUUCCAGCAGUCUCUCCUGUGGGUGCUGUCUCCCCACCAUUGGAACCACCUGAACACCUCAAAGGGAUCCAGGCUUCGUCCUUCUACAAGACUUCAAGAAGACAAAGCAAUGCCCGACUUCCCUGUUCUCCUUCUAUGACGCCCGUUUCUAAGAAGCACAGUGCUGCAGAGGGUCCUGAGCUGAGUCCAGCGCCCUCUAUGGCCCCACCUCUCAUAGCUUCUACAGGGAGAGAGACUCUUGCCCAUUCCUCAGAGCUCAGUUCUCCCGAUUUGGAAGAAGAUCUGAGAGGCUUCUUGAACAGUGUCAGUUGCAGAAGCCUGCAGGCAUCCUUUGACAAAGAGUCUGUAGUCUCCUUGGUGACACUGAGUCAGUCUUCACACAGAUCUGUGAACAACAUAGCUAUGAUCUGCACAAACCUGGAGAAGACACCUGAACGUUCCCAAGAAGGCAAGGCAGAUGAGACAGAAUUUAAGUCAGGUCCAGCAACCCGUCGAAAACAGCACAGCUCAUCCAAGUCUGACAGUUUGUCUGGGGACAGUGAAGAAGAGGAGGACACUAAGGUUGUACCCAGUCAACUGGCCAUUACAAUGAAGCCAAGGAAGCUGUUCAAGCCCAAUGAGAAACCAUGGAAUAAGAAAAAAGUAGAUCAGACCAGCUCUGAAGAUGAGCAAGAGGAGGAGAAGACAACAGGGAAGAGGCGAAGACUUAGGAAGAGCUCCCCAGCCUCCCAAAGUGGAAGUCCCAGUGCAGCAGUUGAAGAUGUGGAGAUGCGGUCCACAGUGGUAUCUAAUAUAGAAUCGAGCUGUUGGGAAGCGAGUGUGGAGGCUGAUGCAGAUCUGCCACAGUCUGAAAUCAGCUCCUCUCAGGAGAUGAGUUAUGUGUGCCGCCAGUUCAGCACAGAACUCAAAAGAAAGUUUGAGAACCGCUCCAGGAGGAUGGAUAUUUUCACCAAGCAGUCCCUAAAGACCUUUAAGCAUCACGUGUCUUCCAUCAGUGUGCAAGUGCAUAAAUACAGAUCCCAGAGACUGGAGAAGGUUAAAGGAGUCUUGAUGGAUGAAAUUAAAAACUUGGAGCAAGAGAAGGCUGCUCUGCACAACAUGGAGGAGGAACUGACUAGCUUUUGGAAAAAGCAAGCCAUGUCUUUUCAUACAUACCAUGAGAGAGGAACCCAAAGAUUGCAUAACCUAAAAAGUGCCAUUGAGACUAAUGUCUGCCAUAGUUUGGAGUAUGAGGAGCAGAUCUUCUCAUCAGAGAUGUGUCUGAUGAAGAAAGACAUGAAGUCUGUUCAGGACCGUAUAUUCAAUCAGAUGCAAGAGGAAGAGCUGUUAAGUGUACGUAGAGGACUACAGACCUUGUUCCUACCAGAUGUUUCCAUGUUUUGACUUCAGAGGAAAUCCUACAGGACUACCAAUUCUUUCCAAGUAAUUUUCACAGUAUUUUAAAAGCUUGUUCUGAUUUUUUUUUAAAAUAAAAGCUUAAUAUAGUGUUAUUUUAAAAUAUAUUGCUAUUUAAAAUGUCGAAUAAAAUGACUUCACAUAGAAUUUAUUUUAAUCCAGUCUGGCACAUAUCAGUUAAUAUAUGUUUGUUUUAUCUACCCCUGAAUACAUAUUUACGUAAUUUUAAUACAAAUAAUGAUUUUUCUAAUGAAAGAGUCAAUUGUACCAACUUAUAAAAUGUAAAAAAAUGCAUUUAUUCAUGAAUGUUAACCCCCCUCCUUACAUUCAGCCCCAAUAUAUAUAUAUAUAUAUGUUUACUGGUCUGUUAGAAAAUAAAAAUGG